AUGGAGGAGGCUAAUUCUGGUUUGGCAUAUUUGGUUCGUUUGGUACUACUUAUUCAGCUCAUUUUUGCUCAAGCACAGCCAAGUCUACAACUACCAGGAAACCCGAGUGAAUAUGAAUCUCGUGGCGUGGCACGACUUAACAAGAGCAAUGUUUGUCUCUAUCUGAAGUGCCAGGGCUCCAGCUCUCUAAACCAUUGCUGGACAUGGGGCCUUGAAAGGAUACCUCCAAACAGCUUGGUGAGGAAAAUGGCAAAGCUCACUGAUGAUGCCGACUACGAUGCCCGCGAGAAGUUUGAGAACGUACCAAAUCCACUAUCUGAUGCUGGGAAUCAUAACAGCUACUAUGGCAGACGACUUCAGACUAGGCCUGAGGACUACAUAUACGAUUGCUGCCCCGGCUACACUCGCGCAGAAAUGGGCGACACAGACAACUGUGACCAAGUCGAGCCUACAUGGAUGUCGAUCACUAUGCAUCUGAGCUCGACUGGAUACACUAAUAGCAGUGAGGCUCUUCUGCUCACAAGCGGAGUACAUGAUAUAGUCAAUGAGUCUUCAAACGAGGCUUAUACUAUUUUUAUGCCUAUGAACGAUGAGGAUAUCAGCCGUGGCGAGGUAAACUAUGCUGAGUAA